UGAGGUGUGAGCAGCUGCCGAAGUCAGUUCCUUGUGGAGCCAGAGCUGGGCGCGGAUUCGCCGAGGCAUCGAGGCACUCAGAGGAGGUGAGAGAGCGGCGGCAGACAACAGGGGACCCCGGGCCGGCGGCCCAGAGCCGAGCCGAGCCGAGCGUGCCCGCGUAUGUCCGUGCGUGUCCGCGAGGAUGCGUGUUCGCGGGUGUGUCCUGCGUUCACAGGUGUUUCUGCGGCAGGCGCCAUGUCAGAACAGGCCGGGGAUGUCCGUCCGAACCCAUGCGGCAGCAAGGCCUGCCGCCGCCUCUUUGGCCCAGUGGACAGCGAGCAGCUGAGCCGUGACUGUGAUGCGCUAAUGGCGGGCUGCAUCCAGGAGGCCCGUGAGCGAUGGAACUUCGACUUUGUCACCGAGACACCACUGGAGGGUGACUUCGCCUGGGAGCGUGUGCAGGGCCUUGGCCUGCCCAAGCUCUACCUUCCCACGGGGCCCCGGCGGGGCCGGGAUGAGUUGGGAGGAGGCAGGCGGCCUGGCACCUCGCCUGCUCUGCUGCAGGGGACAGCAGAGGAAGACCAUGUGGACCUGUCGCUGUCUUGUACCCUUGUGCCUCGCUCAGGGGAGCAGGCUGAAGGGUCCCCAGGUGGACCUGGAGGCUCUCAGGGUCGAAAACGGCGGCAGACCAGCAUGACAGAUUUCUACCACUCCAAACGCCGGCUGAUCUUCUCCAAGAGGAAGCCCUAAUCCGCCCACAGGAAGCCUGCAGUCCUGGAAGCACGAGGGCCUCAAAGGCCCCCUCUACAUCUUCUGCCUUAGUCUCUCAGUUUGUGUGUCUUAAUUAUUAUUUGUGUUUUAAUUUAAACACCUCCUCAUGUACAUAACCUGGCCGCCCCCUGCCCCCCAGCCUCUGGCAUUAGAAUUAUUUAAACAAAAACUAGGCAGUUGAAUGAGAGGUUCCUAAGAGUGCUGGGCAUUUUUAUUUUAUGAAAUACUAUUUAAAGCCCCGUCAUCCUGUGUUCUCCGUUUCCUCUCUCCUGGAGGUUGGGUGGGCCGGCUUCAUGCCAGCUACUUCCUCCUCCCCACUCGUCCGCUGGGUGGUACCCUCUGGAGGGGUGUGGCUCCCUCCCCUCGCUGUCACAGGGGGUUAUGAAAUUCAACCCCUUCACCGGACACUCAGACCUGAAUUCUUUUUAAUUUGAGAAGUGUAAACAGAUGGCACUUUGAAGGGGCCUCACCGAGUGGGGGCAUCAUCAAAAACUUUAGAGUCCGCCUCUAAGGUUGGGCAGGGUGACCCUGAAGUGAGCACAGCCUAGGGCUGAGCUGGGGACCUGGUACCCUCCUGGCUCUUGAUACCUCCCUGUCUUGUGAAGGCAGGGGGGAGGUGGGUUCCUGGAGCAGACCACCCCCCUGCCCUCAUGGCCCCUCUGAUCUACACUGGGGAUCCCAUCUCGGUGUUGAGCCUUUUCCCUCUUUGGCUCCCCCUGUACCUUUUGAGGAGCCGCAGCUACUCUUCUUCUCCAGCUGGGCUCUGCGAUUCCCCUCUGCUGCUCUCCCUCCCCCUUGUCCUUUCCCUCCAGUACCCUCUUCAGCUCCAGGUGGCUCUGAGGUGCCUGUCCCGCCGCCACCCCCAGUUCAAUGGACUGGAAGGGGAAGGGACACACAGGAAGAAGGGCACCCUAGUUCUACCUCAGGCAGCUCAAGCAGCGACCGCCCCCUCCUCCAGCUCUGGGGGUGAGGGGUCCCAUGUGGUGGCACAGGCCCCCUUGAGUGGGGUUAUCUCUGUGUUAGGGGUAUAUGAUGGGGGAGUAGAUCUUUCUAGGAGGGAGACACUGGCCCCUCAAAUCGUCCAGCGACCUUCCUCAUCCACCCCAUCCCUCCCCAGUUCAUUGCACUUUGAUUAGCAGCUGAACAAGGAGUCAGACAUUUUAAGAUGGUGGCAGUAGAGGCAAUGGACAGGGCGUGCCACAUGGGCUCAUAUGGGGCUGGGAGCGGUUGUCUUUCCUGGCAGUAACGUUGAGCCCCUGGAGCCACUGAAGUGCUUAGUGUACUUGGAGUGUUGGGGUCUGACCCCAAACACCUUCCAGCUCCUGUAACAUACUGGCCUGGACUGUUUUCUCUCGGCUCCCCAUGUGUCCUGGUUCCCCUGUCUCUCCACCUAGACUGUAAACCUCUCGAGGGCAGGGACCACACCCUGUACUGUUCUGUGUCUUUCACAGCUCCUCCUACAAUGCUGAGUAUACAGCAGGUGCUCAAUAAAUGAUUCUUAGUGACUUUA